AUGGAAUCAAUCAUUGUAGCCCUGGUGGCUGGGGUAAUUGCCCUGGCGUUUGCGGCGUUUACGGCCUACCGGGUCAUAGGGGCGGACCAGGGCAAUGAGCGUAUGCGGGAGAUUGGCGAUGCCAUUCGAGAAGGGGCGUCGGCGUUCCUGCGGCGGGAGUAUCUGGCGCUGCUGCCGUUCAUUACAGUCGUAGCAGUGGUACUGGGCGUGCUGGACUAUACGAUAUUCACGCACGAACUGGGGGUGCCGGCGACGGCCAUCUCGUACCUGGUGGGUACGAUCUGUUCCGGACUGGCCGGCUUUGUGGGGAUGAAUGUCGCGGUUCGGGCCAACGUGCGAACCGCCGCGGCGGCGAUGCGGGGAUUGAACCCGGCGCUGCGGGUGGCUUUCUCCAGCGGCACGGUGAUGGGCGUUACCGUGGUGGGUAUUGGCCUGCUGGGCGUGACGAUCCUGUACCUGAUCUUCCAGGACAUCGGCGCGGUGGCCGGGUUCGGGUUCGGCGCCAGCUCAAUUGCCCUGUUCGCCCGCGUGGGCGGCGGCAUCUUCACCAAGGCGGCCGACGUCGGUUCCGACCUGGUGGGCAAGAUCGAGGCCGGUAUUCCGGAAGACGACCCCCGUAACCCGGGCGUCAUCGCGGACAACGUGGGCGACAACGUGGGCGACGUGGCCGGCAUGGGCGCCGACCUGUUCGAGUCCUACGUGGGCAGCAUCAUCUCGGCGGUGGCGUUGGCUGCGGCCAGCACGACCGCGUUCGCAGUGUUCGGCAACGACGCGGUGUUCCCGAUGCUGCUGGCCGGCGCGGGAAUCGUAGCCGCGAUCCUGGGGACGUUCGUGGUGCGCAGCGGAGAGCAGGCCGACUUUGAGCGGCUGCUGUGGGCAUUGCGCUACGGCAUCUUCGCGGCGGGCGGCCUGCUGAUCAUUUUCGCCGCCAUACUGACCAUCACAUUGACCAACAACUGGUGGUGGUUCGGCUGCGUGGUUGCCGGACUCGUCGCGGGGACAAUCAUCGGCCUGGCGACGGAGUACUACACGUCGUACAGCUACAAGCCGACGCAAAGGGUGUCGGAAUCGUCGCAGACCGGCGCCGCAACGGUCAUCAUCAGCGGUAUAGCCUCCGGGAUGCUGAGUACCCUGGUACCGGUGAUCUGCGUGUCGGUGGCCAUCCUGCUGGCGUACUGGUUCGCGGGGUUCUACGGGGUCGCACUGGCCGGCGUAGGGCUGUUGUCCACGCUGGGCAUCACCCUCGCCACCGACGCCUACGGGCCGGUUGCGGACAACGCCGGAGGCAUCGCGGAGCAGGCCAACCUGGACCCGCAGGUGCGUGAGCGCACGGACGCUCUGGACGCGUUGGGCAACACGACGGCGGCCACUGGCAAGGGGUUUGCCAUCGGAUCGGCAGCCCUGACUUCCCUGGCCCUGUUGGCCGCCUACUCCGUGAGCGCCGGGUUGAUCACCCUGGGUCCCGAUGGCCGGCUGGCCGACGGCGGUACCGGCAUCAACCUGCUGCAACCACAGGUCCUGGUGGGUCUGAUCAUCGGGGCAAUGCUGCCGUUCAUCUUCUCGGCCCUGACCAUGCAGGCAGUUGGCCGGGCCGCGCAGGGCAUCGUUGACGAGGUGCGUCGGCAGUUCCGCGAGAUCCCCGGACUGAUGGAGGGCACUGCGCAGCCCGACUCGGCACGGUGCGUUGACAUCAGCACCCGAGGCGCUCUGCGCGAAAUGAUCCUCCCCGGCCUGAUGGCGGUGAUCGCCCCCAUCGCCGCCGGUUUCAUACUCGGCGAGGCCGCGCUGGGCGGACUGCUCAUUGGGGCGGUUUCGGCCGGUUUCAUGCUGGCGAUCAUGAUGGCAUCAGCCGGCGGAACGUGGGACAACGCGAAGAAAUACGUUGAGCUGGGCAAUUACGGCGGCAAGGGCUCGGAUGCCCACAAAGCCGCGGUGGAAGGGGACGUGGUCGGAGACCCGUUCAAAGACACCUCGGGACCGAGCCUGAACAUCCUGCUGAAGCUCAUGGCGAUCGUGUCGCUGGUGUUCGCCCCGGCAUUCGUGGCAGCGCCGGCCCUGAUCAACCUGUAG